GUUUGUCCCUGAACAGAGGCCUGUUCCACGCCAUGUGUCUGUUGGCGGAAACCGAACUCCAACUUUUGUGUCUGGAACAAGCUGAACGACACGCGCAGACAGCUCUCUCUCUGCGUCCAGACCACCGCAUCACAUGUGGGAUACUGGCUAAGACUCUGGCUCUUUCUGAUGAUCCAGGAAAUUGGAAAAAAAGCAGUAAAUAUGGCCAAAGAGCUGUUGGCAGAAGGACAGUGUGAGUUAGCUGCGGAAGCAUUGUGUCAGGCAUAUCUACAGCUGCGACAAUGGACUGACCUAUUGACUGCCCUACCAUGCCUGAGUCAUGCUCCCGCUCUUGCUGCCUUACUGCACCUG